AUUCAUCGUCUUCCUCCCUCCUCUGCAGCGCUGCUCUUUUUCUUCCUUCUCCCCGGGUCCUUUUUAUCUCCAUUGUCUGGCACUCUGCCUGCUCUUCUCCCCCUCUUGUCCUUUCUCCCCCCUCUUCCUCUCGCCAACACCUCCCUGCUCCUGCGAGUGUGCUCUCGACCCUUCGUCCCUUGUUUGUUGUCCCUGAUUUCGCCCAAUUGCGGAGGGUUCAAUUCGUGCCUCUCCCCCUCUCCUUGUCGAUUCGCGUCUCUCGACUUCAACAACUUUUUUUUCUCGCCAUGGCGCAAAUCCGUGGCACUGCCGGCUACAACUUCGGCCACCAGAACCCCUUUGGGGGUCCUGGUAGAGUAGAGGCAACGGGCGAUCCCAGUCCUCUGGAUGCUGUCCGGGAACAGACCAGCAAAAUUGAGGAUUGGCUGGACACGAUGGCGGACCCUGUGAAGCCGUAUCUACCAGCCAUUGGUCGCUUCCUGAUCGUGGUCACCUUCAUUGAGGACAGUCUACGCAUGAUCACCCAAUGGAACGACCAACUCCUGUACCUCCGUGACUACCGCAAGAUUCCAUGGGGUGUCACGCAUACGUUCCUGAUCAUCAACAUGCUCGCCAUGUCGCUUUGCUCGUUUUUGGUCAUUGCCCGCAGACACACGGAGUACGCAGUUGCCGGUCUCCUGGCCGUCGUCAUCGUUCAAGGCCUCGGAUACGGACUUAUCUUCGACCUCAACUUCUUCCUCCGCAACCUGAGUGUCAUCGGUGGCUUGCUUAUGGUUCUCUCCGACUCGUGGGUGCGCAAGAAGUUCGUCCCCGCCGGCUUGCCUCAGCUUGAUGAGAAGGAUCGCAAGAUGUACGUCCAGUUCGCUGGUCGUGUGCUGCUGAUCUUCCUUUUCAUCGGAUUCGUCUUCUCGGGCCAGUGGAGCCUCUGGCGUAUCAUUGUCAGUCUGUUCGGCUUCGUCGCGUGCAUCAUGGUCAUUGUUGGAUUCAAGGCCAAGUGGAGUGCGAUCAUUCUGGUGGUUUUGCUGAGCGUGUUCAACGUUCUGGUCAACAACUUCUGGACGCUUCACCCUCACCACCCCCACAAGGACUUCGCCAAGUACGACUUCUUCCAGAUUCUGUCCAUUGUCGGAGGACUUUUGCUCCUGAUCAACAUGGGCCCCGGCCAACUGAGCGUGGAUGAGAAGAAGAAGGUCUACUAAGAACAACGCGUAACCAUGGAAUGCUGGGCAUGAUGUGAUAUCCCGGGCCAUAGGGACCCCAUAUAUGAACCUGCUUUCUAUUUUCUCCUCUUCACUUGCUUUUGGACAGACAUCUACGUCGCAUACCACUACGUUACACUACGAACAUAUCAUAUUAUAUCAUGCCAUGACCAUGAUUUUCACCAUCCUCACCCGAAAAUGUGACUCCAUCCUUGCUGUUCUUGACUUCCCCCCGCUCAUGAGUGAGUAGCUCAUUUUCACCCGGGGAGUGCUUUUUGCAUGAUGUAUAUCAAGGAAUGAGCAUAUUCAGAUUAUAUUUGGGAUUAAGCAGCAAAAAGGCGCACCCUGGGAAAACUUAGUUCUACUCCAUCCAAUUCCUCCACCCAAAUAUAAUCUCUCC